AUGUCGAAGUACUCAGACUUGGAGGUGGCCAUCAACACGUUGGUCUCAGAGUUUCAUGAAGCUGCAAACAACGAGCCGACCAUGAACGCCACACAGUUCCAGACCAUGAUCUCCAAUCAGCUACCUGCAUUCGCCAAGGUGCUGCAGAGCCAGGCCGGUCUGGAUCAGCUGAUGCAGACGAUGGACAUUGAGGACCGGCAGAACAUUUCCUUCCAGAACUUCUGGACCCUGAUCAACGAGCGGGCCGUCCAGCUGUUUGACUCCUCACACGGAGACAAGACCACCAGGUGUACCUGUCUGCUGCAGUGA